CAAUUUUUUUUUUCUGCAACCCUGGAGGUAACCCUUCUAAUUAGCAGUUCAAUUUAUUGGUUCAUAAGUUCACGGUUCAUUUUCUGUCACUUGAUUUUUCUAGCUGACAGAAGAAAUUCGUCAUUUCACUGCAUUUUGUGCUACGAGAAUUUUCUUUCGAGUUCUCCGGAUUCUUUUUACGGUUUUGAUUUUGUUAAAAGCCUAGAGUUCUUCAGAAUGAGUUCUUUAAAUAGAGAAAUCGAAGUGAAUUCUACGCAGACUACUGAGCAAAAUAAUUUGCAGGCAGAAGAACAGUCUGGUCCCCCCAAUCAUGAGCAAAUCAUAAGUCCCCAAAAUCAUGAGGAUCUGGAGGAGCUGGUGCCGGGCCUCACUCUCCUGCAAUGUGUCCUAAUCAAGAAUUCGAACCUUGAUGACGUGGCCGGCCAUUGGGUUGAGCUUUACAUGGAGACUCCCACAUAUGCCUUGGUUACUAUAAUGCAGUUUGUGGUGGAGGCCAGUGGAAGUCACUACAUGAUUCCAAAGAAUACUGCAAUGCCGUUCUCCUACGGGGACAUCCUGGUACAAGGCUCCCUGCAGUAUCGUAGUGUCAGCAUGUAUUAUCCCAUGAUAUCGAAGACGGCGGAAGUAUUUGCCCGCAGGGUGGUAAGCUUUUUGGAGGCCCUUCUGAAGGCGGUCCAUGACCUACCCACCCCUUUGUACAAUUUGUUUUUGCAAGAGGUGACGGGCUUUGUGAUGGCCUGCUCGGAGUCCAGUGUUCGUCCUUUUCGUCAUACGAGCACCAUGGUGGGUCUCAAAAUGAUGACCAUUUUGUGCGAUCUCACAUCCGUGGACAAUGAGCUACUGAAGACACUGUGGAUACAGAUGUUUAACUGCCUAUUUGUCAAUCGCUACGAGGAUGUGGUGGACGACAUAAGGUUCCUUUGUAUCUCCGAACUGGGCAUGUGGUUCAGCAAGUACCCAGCGUGUCAUUUGGAGCCACACGUCCUGCGUUACUUCUUCGAAGCUUUGCCUGAUAGCUCGACAAUGGUGAGGCAGUGCAUCCUGACCAACCUCUCACGGCUUUGCCGCCAGGAGGACCUCCGCACCAUGUGCUUGGAACUGGGCCGUGAGUUCCGGCAACUAUUCAUAAACUUAUCCGUGGACAAGGAAAAUGAAAUAGCAGAGGAAUCCCUGCGCGUCCUUACCGAAUUUUAUCGAUCUUCUCCAGAAAUUCUUAGUGAGGACGAUUGCAAGGUGAUUGAAGAAUUUAUACUCUUUGCAAAUCGAGGAGUAGCCCAGGCAGCGGCGGAAUUUUUCGUCCUGCGCAGAAAUGAAACAAAAAAUGCACAAUUUUCACAAAAAAUUCGUCAUCUGCUACAGUUUUUCGUCGAUAGAUGUGGGCAUGAACAUGCUGGCUAUCUGGUGGAUUCUUUUUUGGACAACUGCGAAAUGGUUUUGGACUGGAAGCCCAUGAUAAAGAUGCUAAUGGAGGAACAGUCCCCAAAACUAACCGAAGCUGAAACCUCCGCAUUGAUUGAAAUUCUCACCAAAGGCGUUAGACAAGCAAUCACUGGUGAAAUACCGCAAGGAAGAUAUACCAAGGAUCUGAAGAGGGAGCCAAAGGCGGGAGCCCAGGUGAAUGCCACCAGAUUACUAGCACCUGUGUUGCCCCAACUACUUCGAAAGUAUGUGGACCGCCCAGACGGUGUUGCAAAUCUUCUGGAACUGCCGCAACACUUUUGUCCCAAGUACUACCGGGAGAUUAAUAACCAGUGUCAACUUGCGGAACUCUUAGAUGAGAUGGACAUCCUUAUGUUCCGUCAAACGAGCAACCGUGUGUUGCGGAGAGGAGCUCUCACUCUGAGUCUUCUUUUUAAAAUGGAACCCACUCAUCUGCACAUACUGCAGAUGCUCAACAGUGCGGUGACCAACUACAAGAUCGCGCUGCGCACUUGGCAGGAGCAGUAUGGCAUGGUCAGCUCACCGUCCUCUUCAUCGUUAUCCGGCUCCUCCAAAACUCCGAAGAGCCGCUCCCGCCGACUGCUAAACACCUUGCGAUUGUUGUGCGCCCUUUACGCACACUUUGACCUCAGUUUCGGGGGACUGACCGAGUCGGUUUUGUCCAGCCUAAAGAGAGUGAUCAGGGUGCGGGAUAUGGGCAGAGAUGGCCUGCCGGCGGAGGCAGUUUCUCUUUAUCUGACUGCAUGCUACUUCAGCCUUUCCUGGGACCUACACACCUUCACGAAAGAGGCCGCAAACAAUUCAAACUUGGAUGAUUCUUUCGCCGCUAUCAAGAAACACUUUGAGGACUAUCUGUUUGUCACCUUUGAACAGGUUGUGAGUGCUAACAAUAUGCAAUAUGCAUAUAGUUGCCUAUCAUUUAUAUGCGACAUAUUUGUUAAUUAUGGAUAUCACCUACUUGACAGUCCCUAUGAAUUAGUGCGUUCCCUAACGUACGCACCAUCAGUAAAUGAGGUGGAGAUACUGGACAACUUCGUGUUGCGACAUCACUUUCAGACGAGUCCUGCCGAUCUUAUGAAGGAAUCGAACUUUCUUCAGUUGCAGGAACUGCGUCGCAGCCUGGCCAGCUACUGCAAGCUGGUGGCCUUCAAUGUGAUCCCACCAAUGCGCGCCGCUAGGAUUUAUCAGUACUACGAAAAGUACUAUGCUCCCUUUGGUGACGUUUUUAGAUGUUCCAUGGAACUCACAAUCAAAGUCAAUUCCAUUCACUAUGGUAUGGCAAUGUUUCACACUGGUCUGCUGCUAUACCAGAAGAUUAUGGACGAUAAUAGCGGUGAUAGUGUCAGGGCUGCCGGUUCCCCACAGUUUCUUGAACUUAUCAGCCUGGCCUCUCUCUUGGCGGAGACCCUGAGUUCCGAUCUCUAUGAGAAUCGCAACGCUAUGAUUACUCUUCACAAGGCUGGAAUUAUGUACGUUAAGGAAUCGAUUCCGGACCGACCCACCGCUGCCCCGAAAAAUCUACUGUUCUUGAGGGUCAUGCAGAUGUUUGUUCCGCAGCUUCUAAGGCAGGACAAGGUCAAGAUGUUGGAAUUACUUCAGACCAUUGAGCAACCGGCGUUACCUUCCUGCAACAGGGAGGAGUGGGAGCCUUUGGAAGGAUAUCGUUCCGCUUUGGGUGCUUCCGGAAGAAGGGGUCGUUCGGUUUCGGUGUGGCAACUUAGGGAACUUAACUCUUAAAUGGUCUUGAUUAUACAAAGAGUACGGGAGAGAUUUUGAAAAAUAAAUGGCUGCUUCUGUUUGAUUAACUCCUUCAAAUGUUAGUGCACUUAAGUUGAGAAUGUUUUGGUCUCCGAGUUCAAAUUGUUCGACAUGUGUCCGCACAUUCGUGUUCAUCCUGGUUACCUUUCUGUGUGUGAGUUUGACUGAAAUUGGAAAACUCAUCUCUAUUUCGCCUGUAGCAUUUGGCGGAGCUUUCCUGCUGCAGUGCCACCAUUCGUAUAAACGGCCACAAAAGGUUGCGUAAUAACGCCCAGUAUCUUGUAUCUGCAGGCUGCAUUCAGUCGUCAGCUGCCUUGGUAUCGAAUUUCCAAGUCCCAUUCAUAUCGAAGGCUGCUCAGCAAUUUUCAAUUUCAAUGCCCGCUCGCUGACAAAUUGACUCGCAACUUUGUGGGUUCUCUAGAGGAGUGAAAUGGUGGGGGUUCCUUAUGUCAAAGGCUGCUCGAGCCAACAUGGCCUUUGACACCCCGAAAUGGAGAUGGGGCAGGGAACCCAAUCCCAG